AAUUUAUUUUCAUUUCUAAUAAAACACUUUUUGUGCGCUAAAAAGAGUCGUUGAAAACUCGUAAUAAUUUUUACCCUUUAUUUUUCGGUUGUGUUUGAGUUUGUGUUUGAUUUUGUUGGGAAACUAUUGGUGAAGAAUUAGUCGGAAGUGCUAUUCCUUCUCAUGGAUGAAGAAAACAUAAACUGUCAAAACAAGUUCAACUCAUCCCACAGUCAAAGUCAGCCCACCUGUUCCUCAUUCUGGGAUGGGGUGUACUGUUGGCCGCCGACCCCACCCAACACCACCGUUCAGAUGCCAUGCCGUGACAUAUUCGCGGUGGCCAUCGAACACUUCCAACAAUAUUCCUCCGAAGACUACAUGAAGUACUUCGCGUACCGCAAGUGUUCGGAUACAUCUGAGUGGGAUUGGAACAGUUGGACCAAUUACACCGAGUGUCUCACACUCCUGGCACUUCAGGACGAGAAUAUAUCGCGACUGUCGACCAUAAAGCAAGUGCUCAACUAUAUUGUGCUGACCUGUUCUCUCUGUUCAUUAGUGGCUCUCGUGGUCGCGCUCAUCAUAUUUAUGUGUUUCAAAUCCAUACAAUGCACUCGUAUUCGUGUCCAUAAGAACCUAUGUAUUGCACUACUGAUGAACUGUAGUCUACUAAUCAUAAUGUCGUCGCCCGUAGUGGUCGAUAACGGAUCGUUGCCGCAAAUCGACUGGCUCUGUAAAUGCCUGAAAGCUAUGAAUAUCUACUCAUUAAUGGCUACGAUAUUCUGGAUGUUUAUCGAAGGACUACUACUUCACACCCGUCUCUAUUCAUUCAAAAGCAAUACCAACCCUUCGUUCAUAAUAUACUAUUUAAUCGGUUGGAUAUUUCCAGCCCUAUGUGUGUUCGUCUGGUCACUGGUAUUAGAGUUCGGACUCGAUUUCGAGUCUAAUCAGUGUUGGCAGGGAUACGGAAAAAGCAAAACCAUUUUCAUAGUAACCGGUCCCAUGUUAGCCCUGUUGGCCAUAAACACGGGUUUCCUCAUCAAUAUAAUUCGCAUUCUGUUUGUGAAACUAAAACACGACAACAAUAGGGAUAAGUUGACCGCAAAGACCAUCAAAGCUACCGCACUAUUGAUCCCUUUAUUAGGAAUCCAACACUUAUUAUUCUGCAUCAACCCGUCCACAUUCAACUUAUAUUUGGAAAGUUUUUACAUAAUUAUAAACGGAUUAAUACAAUCAAUACAAGGCAUUACUGUCUCCAUACUAUACUGCUUCACUAAUAAUGAGGUGCGAACAGCGCUGAACAGCGCCUGGUCUCGACGUAAGAUCAGCCACAGCUUCGGUCUCUAUCACAGCAGCAAAAAGCGUCGACAGAGCAGCGCCUCAUCCACUUCCGUCACUUUGGCCAACAACAAGAUCUCGUGUCCCUUAUUCUAUAGCCCACCCGUCCAGUAGUUCACUCCACUAUACCCUGUAUACUAUGUAUAGAUUACAGUAUGAACCGAUACAACCCUUUCCAUGUGACUCUCAAUCGUAAAUCCAAUCUCACAUUUCAUAGACACAAUUUAGGCCAUGAAUUCUGUGAUAGUAAUUAUUUAUGGGAAACUGUAUGGCAUAAUUGAAUGAACAAAAAAAUAUAUAUAUGACCCGUACAAUUAUUUUGGUGACACAGCAUACUUUGAAAUUACUUCGCGAUGAGAAACGCUAACUUUUAUCAUAAGAAUUCUUAUUAAAACAUUUAAAUUAUUAAUUAAAUCAUAAAUACAUAUCUAAGUGCAAGAAUAUAUCACACCAUUUGUGUACCGGAAG